CACAUACAUUCACACCUCCGCCACCACUCAAUACCGCUCCGAAACGACGGCAAGAUGGGCAACGCAAACAGUGCGAUGUUGGAGAACAUCGUCCAAGGGUCGAAUUUCGACCGGGACGAAGUCGACAGACUGCGUAAGCGCUUCAUGAAAUUGGACAAGGACAACUCAGGCACCAUCGAGCGUGACGAAUUCCUUUCCCUCCCCCAAGUCUCCUCGAACCCUCUUGCGACACGAAUGAUUGCCAUCUUCGACGAAGACGGAGGCGGCGACGUCGAUUUCCAGGAGUUCGUCUCUGGCCUCAGCGCCUUCAGCAGCAAAGGGAACAAGGAGGAGAAGUUGCGGUUUGCCUUCAAAGUCUACGAUAUCGACAGGGACGGCUACAUCAGCAAUGGCGAGCUCUUCAUUGUGCUCAAGAUGAUGGUGGGCAGCAACUUGAAGGAUCAACAGUUGCAGCAAAUAGUGGACAAGACAAUUAUGGAGGCCGAUCUGGACCGAGACGGGAAGAUCAGCUUUGAGGAGUUUACCAAGAUGGUGGAGAACACGGACGUGUCGAUGAGCAUGACUCUGGACCAAUUCUAAGUCCAGCAUGAGACCUACGAGAUACCCGGCAUUGGGAAGAAGCCCGGCGCACAAAAGCACGACCUAGACGACCGACCACGACAGAACGUAGACGGCACCUGUGGAUGUCACAUUUGCAGCUCUCGGCCCUCCCUCUUUGGCCCCUGGAGAAGAGCUCUUCCGGAAUGCUUCGAUGUGGAACUUGACCAAAUACGACGACUGGCGCCCCGUGCGCAGCCUUGCCACAAGGACGCGGCGCAGGACGUGCCUGAUUUCUCGAGCGAAAGUAUUGCCAUCCGGCUGGCCAUUCAUACCCAAGAGAGACAGGUAGAAACUAACUAGGGUAUUUGCGACCAACAGAACCAGACAGCUUCGAGAAUGAAAUGGGUUCGCGGGCGAC